AGACAUAGAGAAAAAGAAAGACAGAAAAAAGAGAAAGAAAAAACAGUGACUGAAAGGGAGGGAGAGAAAGGAAGGAAGAAAGAUAGGGGUAAAUGACGAGAGAGAGGAGGGGGAGAGAGAAAGAAAGAGAAAGAGCGCACGGUUUGAUCAAGUCCUGCGCGCGCUCUAGCCGAGCUCGCAUCUCCACACGCGCGCGCGCGCUCCUCGUGCCCUUGAGACGCGCACCGUUAAACGGGUCCCUGGAUGAGCUCGAGCUCCAGGUCUCUCUCUCUCUCUCUCUCUCUCUCUCUCUCUCUUUCUUUCUCGCGCGCUUGCGCUCCCUCCCCAGUCCGUCUCCGGUGUCCGUCUCCGGUGUCCGCCGCCCGCGCGCGCAUGAGACCCGCGCGCGCCUAACCUCUCGCGCGCCAUGAAGACAAGCCGCCGAUGUCGCGCGCUGCUCUCCGUGGGCUUAAACCUGCUCGCGCUGCUGCUCUCGAGCACGGCGUUCGCCACGGCGUACUGGUGCCAGGGCACGCAGCGGGUCCCGAAACCGAGCUGCAGCAAGGAGCGGCGCCACCACUGCAUCGACUACGGAGCAAACGACACCGACCCGACCAAAGUGCACUACAGCUGGGAGACCGGCGACGACCGCUUCCUGUUCCGCCGCUUCCACGCGGGCAUCUGGUACUCAUGCGAGGAGAACAUCCACGGCGCAGGUGAGAAAUGCAGGAGCUUCAUUGAUCUGGCUCCGGCGUCAGAGCGAGGUGUCCUUUGGCUGUCAGUGGUCUCCGAGGUGUUAUACAUCAUGCUGCUGGUGGUUGGCUUCAGUCUAAUGUGCUUGGAGCUUUUUCACUCCAGCAACGUGAUCGAUGGCUUGAAGCUCAACGCCUUCGCCGCCGUCUUCACGGUGCUGUCAGGACUUUUGGGAAUGGUUGCUCACAUGAUGUACACCCAGGUGUUCCAGAUCACAGUCAGUCUGGGGCCCGAAGACUGGAGACCGCACACCUGGGACUACGGCUGGUCCUUCUGCAUGGCAUGGGGAUCCUUCACGUGUUGCAUGGCUGCCUCGGUCACCACGCUCAACUCCUACACAAAGACGGUCAUCGAGUUCCGGCACAAGCGCAAGCUCUUUGAGCAGGGUCUCCGCGAGGAACAGGCAUUCCUCGACCAAGAGGCCUUCCAUUACUUUCAGGAUCGCACCGUACAGUCCGUCUCCAGCUCACUGGACCUGUUUCCAGGCCACGGUGGUGCCCACGGUCCCGCCUACAGCAGUGGGCGUGGGAAGAUGCGUUCCCAGGCAGCCUCCGUAGACAUGGCAGACAACGCAGAUUCUCUCGGAGAGGAGCAAUGCUAAGGAUGGCUAGCAUUGAAGACAUUUUUUAUGUCUUGAGUCGUGGGUAAAAGACAACUUGAGAACUGCAGAACUCUCCAGUCAUGAUGGAACUAUUUUCUGGGUAUAAAGCAAUGAGUUUAUAUUUGAUGACAGCUAAAAUAUUUUCUGCCUAUGUAAAAAAGAAAUGAAAAUGAUGCUAAAAUUGCGAUGGUUGUUUCAUUGCGAAUUGUGUAAAGUACAUGACAGCUUAUGAACUGUGAAAAGCCUUGAAAGGUGCACUAACACUGCCACACAAAACAACAACCCGUUGGGUGUCGACAGGGUGUAUACGGGUUAGUAAUAUAAUCAGUGACAUUUUAGUGAUUUCUUUAUAUGCAUAUAACUGGCAAAGGUCGCUCCAAGGACGCAGUUUUUUUUGUGCGGCAAAAGAAAAAAGUCUUGAGGUUCCCUGCAGACACCAUCGCUAGACACAAAUGUGAAGAAGAAUGCUUUUAUAGGCACUGCCUUAUAUAGAAGUCUCGCAUUAUUUAUAUUACUAUUGUGUACACAAUACGGACAAAGGUUUUAGGACAUUUGACCAUAAGAUUAGUAUGUGCUUCCUUUCGAACAUCCCAUUUGACAUUUACAUAUAAUAACCUUCAUUCUCCUGGAAAGAUGUUCCACUUGAUUUUGUGGAGAUUUGUGCUCC